AUGGAUGCCGCCUUCCAGGUUGAUAUUUUCGCAAGGUCAUCAGCCGGGCUUGUUCCUAUCUUGGUCAGGGUACCCUAUCUUUCCUUCGAUGAGCCGCAGAUUGUAGGAACCAGAGUGGUCACAUAUUUUGAUAGUCUUAAUUCUUUCGACCCAACAACCUCGGACUUCCUAUAUGCCACGUUCGCAGUUAUCGAGAGGGAUGAUGCUGUCUACUUUGGCCAACUUGCUAUACCCAAGCUCAAAAUAACCUUCAAGGAGUACACAUCUGCGCUUUCACGAGAUUGCGUCGACAUCAUUCCUGCUCUACUCCUCGAAGAGGCGCACACCCUGGAGGCGAUUUCCAGACACCCUCACCCCGGCAUCGCCGUGUACCAUGGAUGCCGCGUGCGAAGGGGGUUCGUCACUGGGCUAGUCCUCGACCGGCACGUCAGUGACCUCAAGCACUACGUCAGUGACCACAUGGGACCCCUCGACAAGGGGCCCUUCAUGGAAGCCCUGGAAUUGGCUGUCGAUCAUCUGCACUCCCUCGGCCUCGCUCAUAACGACGUCAACCCCUCGAAUAUCUUGAUCAAAGCUGCCGGCAUGCCGGUCCUCGCUGACUUUGACUCGUGCCGCCCGGUGGGACAAAGGCUGACAUAUAGUCGCGGUACACCGGGCUGGAUUGACAAGGACGAUAGCUACGAUACGUCAGAGACUCGCCACGAUACGUUUGCUAUGAAGAAGAUUCGGGCGUGGUUGGACGAACAGACGACCGGCUCGUAA